GCUGCCAGCCCUGGCCCAUCAUGUAGCUGCAGCACAGCCUUCCCUAACGUUGCAACUGGGGGAAAAAUCACUUUCCAGUCUGUUUUGCAAGGUGUGCAUUUCCAUCUUGAUUCCCUGAAAGUCCAUCUGCUGCAUCGGUCAAGAGAAACUCCACUUGCAUGAAGAUUGCACGCCUGCAGCUUGCAUCUUUGUUGCAAAACUAGCUACAGAAGAGAAGCAAGGCAAAGUCUUUUGUGCUCCCCUCCCCCAUCAAAGGAAAGGGGAAAAUGUCUCAGUCGAAAGGCAGGAAGCGAAACCCUGGCCUUAAAAUUCCAAAAGAAGCAUUUGAACAACCUCAGACCAGUUCCACGCCACCUCGAGACUUAGACUCCAAAGCUUGCAUUUCUAUUGGAAAUCAGAACUUUGAGGUGAAGGCAGAUGAUCUGGAACCAAUAAUGGAACUGGGGCGAGGUGCGUACGGGGUCGUGGAGAAGAUGCGACACGUGCCCAGCGGGCAGAUCAUGGCGGUGAAGCGGAUCCGGGCCACAGUAAAUAGCCAGGAGCAGAAAAGGCUACUGAUGGAUUUGGAUAUUUCCAUGAGGACAGUGGACUGUCCUUUCACAGUCACCUUUUAUGGUGCACUCUUCCGGGAGGGUGAUGUUUGGAUUUGCAUGGAACUCAUGGAUACAUCGCUAGAUAAAUUCUACAAACAAGUGAUUGACAAAGGCCAAACAAUUCCAGAGGACAUCUUAGGGAAAAUAGCAGUUUCUAUUGUAAAGGCGUUAGAACAUUUACACAGUAAGCUCUCUGUCAUUCAUCGAGACGUCAAGCCUUCCAACGUGCUGAUCAACACUCUGGGCCAAGUAAAGAUGUGCGAUUUUGGAAUCAGUGGCUACCUUGUAGACUCUGUCGCUAAAACUAUUGAUGCAGGAUGCAAACCCUACAUGGCCGAAAGUAUGCCACCCGAAAGAAUAAACCCAGAGCUCAAUCAGAAGGGAUAUAGUGUGAAGUCUGACAUUUGGAGUCUGGGCAUCACAAUGAUUGAGUUGGCGAUCCUUCGGUUUCCCUAUGACUCUUGGGGAACUCCCUUCCAACAGCUCAAACAGGUGGUAGAGGAGCCCUCACCACAGCUCCCGGGAGACAAGUUCACCGAAGAGUUUGUUGACUUUACCUCACAGUGCUUGAAGAAGAAUUCCAAAGAACGGCCAACAUAUCCAGAACUUAUGCAACAUCCAUUUUUCACCCUACACGAAUCCAAAGCAACAGACGUGGCAUCUUUUGUAAAAUUGAUUCUUGGAGACUAAAUACCGUGGACUCAAUUGGUUGGCCCUCCUGUGGAUUGGUGGGUUUACAGGGUGAAGCAGGUUCACGAAAGCACCAAUAGAAACUCAUCCUUGAGAUAAUUUAAUCCUGCCUCUCAGAAGGUUGUUUUCCCCCAUUUUCUUUUCUUUUCUUUUCCUUUUUUUCCCCUCCAAAGGGGGCCUUGGAAUCUAUAGUAUAGAAUGAACUGUCUAGAUGGAUGAAAUAUGGCAAAGGCUUAGGACUUAAAAAGGUGAUUAAAUAUUUAAUGAUGUGUCAUAUGAGUCCUUAAGCUUCUCAGACUUCUCUUGUUCUUCAUAAAACGAAUGCAUUGGCCCUGGUCAAAAGGUGCUACCGUAGUGAUGAAAUUGUAAGUAGAUCUGUAGUCUGUCCCACUUAUUAUUUUAAUAUUUAUGUUUAAGUGCUUGGUUGAAAAGAUUCCAUUUUAUUCAAGGAGGGAGAUACAAGAGGCAAGGUUGGGUUGGCAAUAUUUAUAGGGCUUUUAUUUUUAAGUUCAGUCGUGUCUGUGGUCCAGAGGAAACUAUUUAAUAUGCAUCUUUAAGAGUAUUAUAACAAUAACAGUGAGGAGCUCUUCUUUGUAAAACACCUGUUCCAGCUGUUGUGGCUGCUUGCCACGUCCUUAGAUUUCUGCUCAACUCCUGGGUAGUAACCACAUAUUUCAGGUGAAGUGGUGAGGUAUCCCAGUCAUACCCUUUCCCCAACUUUGGGAAACAUAAAAUCACUUUUGUCACAUCUCAGAGUCACGAGUUGGGUUCUCUUGGCCUUUGUGGUAUUAAUGGAAUGUGAUUCCUGAUGCAGUUUUAUAUCCCCUAUCUACCCUUCUACAUGUGUGCCUGUGUAUAUUUGAUAAGUCCCAAGCUCCGCCAAGUGGCUUCUGUGGACAUCUCUACUUAGCGAGGAGGAUAUAUGUCAGUUCUGAGAGGAGAUGUCAUGUCAAACCACACUGAGAAUUGGUGCCUUCUUCUGCUUCUGUCCCUCCUUACAAUGCAUAAGCCCCAAGGUUUGCCUUUGUGUUAAGAUGCGCUCUUUGCUUUCUUCUCUUCUUCCCCCUUGUUCAAUAAAGAAGCCUUACUAUUGACGGGAGGGCUGCAAUACAAGAAAAUAAAAGUUCUUUGACAGGAUAGGAGAUAAUGGGGAAGGUUGAAUUAGUUCCUAGGAAUAGACGGCCCGAUUGCCAGUUGUUGAGGCCACAUUUCACUUCAGUAGCACACAGCAGCACGGGAUAGCACUCCGUAGGAGGCUAGUGCCAUUAUGGGUUCCCGGCAGGUUGACAAAGCAGUGAAAGCUCUUUCUUAAGACUAAAUAUGCCCCUAGGUUCUCUAGGUUCCUUGAUGAAAAGUGAGUGAAUUGAUGCAGGGAAGCUGUAAACCGAUAAUAACCAGCAAACAUGGCUUUUGGACGUUGGGUUUCCAUGAGGCUAUUCUUGAAGGACGACGAUGGAGAAUUUUGAUGAGAGAGGAAGAAGAGAGCUCCCUGUCUUUCUUUCUUUGCCUCAAGUUCACAGAUAUGGAGAUUAUUCCUCCUGAAAAUCUUCUCUUCUUUCCCUUUUAGGUUUUGAAAUGCAGUCAUUAGUUUUUCUGUGUCUGCGUUUUCCCCUUGUUCUUGUCUUUUGUCUGGCUCAGAGCAGUUGCCCAGAGUGAGUAUGGCCCUCCCGUACACUUCUUUGUACCCCUAGUUCCAAGAGAUACCUGUUUGAUCAAACGUAGUUUCAUCUUCUUUAAAGCUACCUCUGUUCCUCAUCUUCUUCCAGCCAGGAAAAAUGUAUUAUCCCAGUGAUUAUGGCCCUUCUCUUUCUCACCUACCUUGCUAAAUUGGGCGGUUUCCCUUGUUGAGACCAAGAGAAAAAAACAUCACAACUGUAUUCCUUCUUUUCUUCAUCUGUUUAAUGAAAAAAACAAGUAGUAAAAAACUCGGAGGUCCCUCCGUCACAGCUUUUGGCAGAGUAUGUAAGGCAAAACCUCGUUCUGGUCUGAGUCAGACAACUCAUACCUGUUGUUCAGUGCGGUUUCUACUUAGAAAUAUUCUUAACCGAGUGUGUUCUCAUGCAUUCGCCUCUCCAGUUUGUGAACCCAGGGCCCAAACUUGCAAAACAAUCGUACUGAGACAGAGAAGGAGUUUGUCAAUGGUUCUCAACCUGAUGCACACUGGAAUCAACUGGGAGCUGGUGAACACUGCCUGUGCCAAGUUUGGGAUUUCAUUGGUCCAGGGCGGGGCCUGGGAAUUGGCAUAUUUCACACGCCACAUCAGAGAAGGCGUGUUCAUGGAAUACUGACUUGGAACUUGGAAUACGUUGUCCCCAUAGAAAUGAUGUACAACAUGGUGAUUAGAUAUCUUAUGUGCUCAAGUAGAAUGGCUUGCUAGACUUACGAGUCUAAAUUCUAGAGUGUGUGUGUGUGUGUGUGUGUGAACCGUGUUAUAAGUUCUAAACUAAUUUUAAAAUAAAGAGAGAGGGGCGCCUGGGUGGCGCAGUCGGUUAAGCGUCCGACUUCAGCCAGGUCACGAUCUCGCGGUCCGUGAGUUCGAGCCCCACGUCAGGCUCUGGGCUGAUGGCUCGGAGCCUGGAGCCUGUUUCCGAUUCUGUGUCUCCCUCUCUCUCUGCCCUUCCCCCGUUCAUG